AUGACUACUUCAACAAGCUCCACAACAUCUACUACCGGCCAUGCUACCUUUGCAUUCACGCCACCGGGGUCCAACCCAACCGCUACUGCAAGUACUACAGAUGGAGGAGGGAGCAUGAGCGGGAUGAGCGGAAUGGGGGACACGGCGAGCAUGGGGACGACGGUGAUGGACACGGGAAGUUGCAAGAUCUCGAUGCUGUGGAACUGGGAGACGAUAGAUGCCUGCUUCCUUUCCGAGUCCUGGAGGAUAAGGUCGGCUGGCGCGUUCGCAGCGCUCUGCAUCGGUGUUAUUCUCCUCGUCAUGCUCCUCGAACUGUUGCGUCGUACGUCCAAACACUACGAUCGAUACAUCAUCCGCCAGCACGAGAAGUCGGCCGCCCUCGCCUCGGCAACAUCACAGGGCUUGGCGGAAACCCCCAAAGGCUCUCUGAUCGCUAAGAGCCAUGACGCCGUUCUACCCGCAGCAGGGUACCGGCCGAACAUCUGGCAACAGGCGACCCGAGCGUUGCUGCACACACUCCAGUUCGCCCUUGGCUACUGGAUCAUGCUGUUGGCCAUGUAUUACAAUGGCUACAUCAUCAUAUGCAUCAUAAUAGGCGCGUUCAUCGGGUCGUUCAUCUUCCAGUGGGAACGCAUUGGCGCGACAGCCAAGCCGGCGGCGGCUCAGCUCAAGAAGCGACGGGCUGCUGUGGUUGAUUCUGACGUUCCACCGGGAUGGGAUGCAGACGGUGUCGAUGGCUGUUGGACAUGCCGACUGCGUCGCAAGAAAUGCGAUGAGACGAAGCCGAUAUGCUCGACGUGCGGUGCGCUGGAGAUCACAUGCCACUUUGACGACGGGAAGCCGGCGUGGCUGGAUGGUGGCGCGCGGGAAAAACGGAUGGCCGAUGAGAUCAAGAUCAUGGUGAAAGGCAAGGCGAACCACCGUCGGGAUCGCAAGUCCGCUCGAGUUGGUGCUGAUGCUGGACACGUCGAAAGCGGCCGUCACGGCCAACUCCAGCGCCAUUCAUCUCCUGACGGCGAUGGUGGACUCCCACGCAACCUCGCGCCUGUUCCGGCUCCGAGUCAUAGUCGUGAUGGAAACCUGGAUAGCAGUACGUCGGACGUGACGUCGGAGGGGACGUCCGCCCUCCCACCACUCUCGACCUCGGCAUCGUCGGCAUCAUCACCGACUGGCCCAGAGACGACCGGCAUCGAGACCGCACCCCUCGCGGACACGGGGACAUUCCCCGGUGACAAGUCGGAGAGCGAGGCGGGCUCCAUCAUGGUGUACCUGGACUAUGUCGUGCCCUUCCUGAGCCCGUUCUACCGCCCGUGCUUGCUCGAAUCCAGUCGCGGCUGGAUGCUGGUACUCCUGAUGAAGAACAGAACACUCUUCCACACGGCGCUGUCUCUCGCGACCUACUUCUACUCAGUCGUCCUGGACGCUGCAGGUGGCAACCACGGGGCAUGCAAACAGGCGAACUGGACCGAGCUGCAGUCCCAGCAGGAACUGUCCAUCAAGGCUCUCCAGAGAGAGCUGAGCGACCUAAACGCGCGUGGCGUUGGCAGCGCCUUCCAGCAGAGCGUCUACUGUCUGCAGAGCAUCAUCCAGCUGCUGGAGUUCGAGGUGGCCAUCGCCAACACGCAGAACUGCCGGGUUCACCUGGACGCCGCCGUCGUGCUUUUCGACCAGUUGAUCGCCAGCCACGCAACCGACUGUGGCAACCCCUGGCACUCAGUUCUUGGACAGAUGGGACUUGGCAACCUCGCCGUCUCCUUUGGCACCGGCCGACACCCGUGGAGUAGCGACCAGUCGGCCUAUCGCUUCUAUACAGCGCACCUGUUAUGGAUUGACAUCAUCGCCGCGACCGCCGGCGGCGAGGCACCGAGGCUCCAGAAGUACCAUGCCGAGCUUCUGCACGGCGAGAGGCCCCCCAUCCGCUUGGAGGACUUCAUAGGCUGCCACAACUGGGCCAUGGUGCAGAUCGCCGAGAUUGCAGGGCUUGCCGCGUGGAAGAAGGACAGGAAAGACCACGCAUCUCUUUCCCUCGUCGAGCUGGUACGGCGUGCCGACCUGAUCGAGUCGUCUCUCCGCCAGGGACUCAGCAAUCUCGACAUCACAUCCAUCGUCAACCCGCAGAGCGUGUUCGACCCCUCGGCACAAGCGCCGCAUCUGCCCUUUUCAGGUUUGGGCAUCGAGGUGCUGGCCGACGCCGCGAUGCGAACGACCCCAGCGCUAGCUCUGCACACAUCCAUCUGGGCGCAGGCCGCACUCACCUAUCUUUGUGUGGUGGUCUCGGGGCCGCAGACAGGAUUACCCGAGAUACGGGAGAGUAUACGAGCUACGAUGGACCUCAUACGCCUCCUGCCAUCCCCAUUAUGCCUGCGCACCUUGGUUUGGCCAUUUGCUGUGACGGGUUGUCUGGCCUUACCGGAAGAGGAGACGUUCUUCCUCGACCUCAUCAUCAGAAUGGGGGCCAUGCAAGUAUUUGGCACCGUCAAGGAGGCACUGAAUAUCAUGCAGAGCGUCUGGAGGCUUCGACACGGCGGAUGUGUUGACCCCGAGACCUUGGAUAUAGCUGCUUCCCUGAGUAUACUAGGGCAUCGCGCGCUGCUAGUAUGA